AUGAUCCAACAAGCUUGUGAGAUCCCUGCUUUCUCGCAGUUGCCAUACCCGAUCGGGAUUUGGCCUCCACCGCCUUGCUUCUGUAUCUCCCUUUACGGCCGCGAAAGGGUUGCUUGCCAACGGCUUGCUCAAUCCAGUGAAUGUGAAAUGGCGGAAUGGGCUCCGAUGUCCGUUAUGAGUGCGGUAAUUGAUGGGGUUUUUGAUGAUAUUUUGACCAAUUGGAAGGUGAAGUACGAAGGAUGGACAGGAGAAGAAAGCAAAUAUAGGAUCAAACAUGCGUGCAAAGACAUAAUAGAGUACCUCAAGUUAGCAGAAAAACAAAGAGAGAGAUGCAGCAAAGAGGCCAAGGAAAAGGAUUUCGGUGAAUGGGCGGAAGAUGCCCGGAAACUUUUGUAUCGCCUGGAACACCAGAUCGAGAUGUCCAUGCUGCCAACUUCCCGGUUUCCGGUUGACAUAACAUCUCUUUCAGGGCUCUUCUGUAUUGGGAGCGGUAGAUGGAAUGCGCGACGGCGGACACUGGCAAAGCUUGUAAAAGAGAUUGAAGAGGUUCGGAACAGAAUGCCCGAAAUUGAGAUCAUGCCCACUGCGGUGGAGACAAACACUUCCGGCUUUUGGUUUCGGAUAGGACUCAGCGAUCAAAUUAGUCGAGUGUUUCGCUUGGCGGAGGGUGGAGGGCGCAAGCUAAUCUUCAUUGUGGGGCCAGCAGGCACCGGGAAAACCAGUAUUGCGAGGGCCGUCUAUUACCGAUCCCCGGUCAGGAUGGAUUGUCACUGUCGCUCAUGGGCGGCGGUAUCCAUGUCCAGUGAAAAGGGCGUUCUACAAAGCGUGCUGACCGGAUUCUACAUGUCUAGCUCGAACGGUUAUCCGAGCGAAAUCCACAACAUGGAUGAAAAUAAGCUGAGAGACGAAAUCAGAAGCUACUGUGGGGGCAAAGAUUACUUGCUUGUUUUAGAUGAUGUGGUCGACAAGAAGGCCUGGGAUUGGUUAAGGGAUGCCUUGCCAGUAGAAACUGGACGCAAAGGAACGAUAAUCUUCGCUACUUGGAAACAUGAGUUACCCCAAGCAAUCAAUGAAUCCAAGGAGAUCCUCAGACUCGAGGGACUGUCCGAUGAGGAUUCUCUUGAGCUAUUUCGGGAUGCGGUGUGCUUAGAGGACGAAAGCAUUCCUCCAGAACUGAAAGAAAUAGGAAAAGGUAUACUGGAAAAAUGCAAGGGCAACCCCUUUUCUAUAAGGGCUAUGGCGGGAAUAGUGAGGACGAAGCAAGCAACACCAGAGGCAUGGAAAGAUGUCCUCAAAGAUCUUGAUGCCAAUCUUGUCGAGUGUAAAAACGCUGGCACAGAUGGUAACGCUACAGAUCCAUUUGUGCUGUCAGCUUAUGCUGAUCUACCCCCGCAUCUCAAGUCUUGCUUCCUGUAUUGCAGCAUGUUCCCGGAGAACUCUUCCAUCCCCCGGAAGAGGCUUAUUCGCCUUUGGAUAGCAGAAGGGUAUGUACAAGAAAUUCCGGGCAAGACGGAGGAGGAAGCCGCCGAGCAUCAGCUGCAACAGCUUAUUAGCAGGGGCAUGCUCCAUAUGGGAAAAUAUGGUGUGAAUGGCGAGGUUAUGUCAUGUGGAAUCCUUCAGCCUGUCCGAAGGAUCGCACUUGACAUCUGUGACAAACAAAACUUCGGUAUCUUUGCUCCUGCGACGGGAGGAAGGCCUUCAAACAACCAAGCUGCUCCAGCCAAACAACAUAAGAGGCGCCACCGCCGGAGAACAACUCCAUCGCACCAUCGUGUUCUCUCCGUGGAGGUGGAGGGUAAUGCUGAAGAAAUAACCAAAGCGCUGGCUCGAUCCUUCCACCUUCGCUCUCUUUUGGUCUUUGGGAAAGGUGAGCUUCGAAGGUUAUUCAGGCGGUGCCAGUUUCCAAACCCCACCAACUUGAAAAUCUGGCCAUACAAACUGCUGCGAGUCUUGGAGCUUCAGGGCGUCCAGAUCGAGUUCUUGCCAGAGCAACUGGGAUAUCUUGCUCUGUUGAGAUACUUGGGAUUGAGGCGGACGGGUGUGAAUAGACUUCCCAAAUCCUUAGGAAGCCUACAAUACCUGAAGACCUUAGACAUUCGAGAAACAAAUGUUGUGGAAGUGUCUGAUGUGCACAGGUUGCAAAGGAUGAGACAUCUCCAUCUCGCGAGUUCUUUUAGAGGCCGGUCGGUGAAUGUUCGCAGCGGCGUGAGUUGCUUGAUUGAUCUCCAGACGCUGGCAGGCGUUACAUGUACACCAAUACUCCCCCAAGAGCUGAGACGUUUGAUCCAACUACGAAAAUUGUCGGUCAGCGAUGUCAAUGGGAAUUCUUCGGAGCAGCUCUGUGCGUCGAUAAGCAAGAUGAUGCUGCUGGAUUCUCUAACUAUCAAAUGUGAGCGUGGCGAGACAUUUGAUCUGAGCUUUCUGAGCUCUCCGUCCAACGAACCAUCGGCGCCUCUCCAACAUCUUCGCACACUGAAACUUGGAGGUCCCAUGGACAAGUUGCUUGAUUUGGUUUCCAGCCUUAAGUCCAUCACCUAUCUGUACCUCUGGGACAGUAAGCUGAAGGAAGACCCUCUGCAAGCCCUCCAAUCUCUGUCUAAUCUCGUACUCCUUUCUCUGUACAAUGCCUACGACGGGAAGCAUUUAAGAUGCAACGCCACAGGUUUUCAAAAACUGCAGAAGCUAUCCGUCCUUUCUUUGACAGAAUUGGAGAAGUGGGAAAUCGAGAUCGGUGCAAUGCCGUACCUCGGCGAGUUAUUUGUGGGUUACUGUCCCAAAUUGAAGGAGCCGCCGGAGAAGCUUUCGCGCUUCUUUUUCCUGGAGGUGGUGCAGGUUGCUGAAAUGCCCAAGGGGUUCGUUGAAAUGGUUCAGGAGGAGAGCCAGGUGAAAAAGAAUUUUUUCGGGAAUUUCAAGGUCCAAGCCAUCCCCAAUUAUCAGAGAACUUGA